UGUUUACAGAGUCUCCCGACUAGUGGUUUUCAGUGUUGAAAACACAACACCAAGUGGACAUCUAUCCGGUCAGCUGUUUUGAGAGUCAAACUCGGAAUCAUUUAAAAAAAUAAAAAAAGAUCACAAGGAUAUCAUCAUCACCAACAGUAGGAUUCAACGUAAAUCAUAGAUAGACACGUUACACAAAUUGCUACCUUCUUGUACCCAGCUUUUAGUUCGCACGAAUCAGCAAGCUGAUUACAAUGGGAUCCAGAGCGUCAACGUUACUGAGAGAGGAGGAGAUUGAAGAAAUUAAAAAAGAGACCGGCUUUUCCCACAGCCAGAUCACCCGGCUCUACAGUCGCUUUACCAGCUUGGACAAAGGAGAGAACGGCACGCUCAGUCGGGAGGAUUUCCAACGGAUACCAGAGUUGGCCAUCAAUCCUCUGGGAGACAGAAUCAUCAAUGCCUUCUUUCCUGAGGGGGAGGACCAGGUCAACUUCAGGGGCUUCAUGAGGACGCUGGCUCACUUCCGUCCCAUAGAAGACAACGAGAAGAACAAGGACCCCAUUGCCUCCGAGCCGCUCAACAGCAGGAGCAAUAAACUGCUCUUUGCUUUCAGGCUGUACGACCUGGACAGAGAUGAUAAGAUCUCCCGUGACGAGCUGCUACAGGUUCUUAGAAUGAUGGUUGGUGUGAACAUUUCUGACGAGCAGCUGGGCAGCAUCGCUGAUAGGACCAUCCAGGAGGCCGACCAGAAUGGAGACAACUCCAUUUCCUUUAAUGAGUUCAUCAAGGUACUGGAGAAGGUGGACGUGGAACAGAAGAUGAGCAUCCGCUUCCUGCACUGAGACACUAAUGGGCUUCCUGACAGGACUGUCUCUGAUUGGACCCCAUUCUGACAGGACUGUCUCCAAUUGGCUGGACCCUCCACCUUCACAAUGCCCGUUGGACCAAGACCCAAGCUGUGUCCCAAAUGGCACCCUAUUCUCUAUGUAGUGCACUACUUUUGACCAGUGCCCAUAGGGCUCUGUUAUGUAGUGCACUCAUUUUGUUUAGGUCCCAAGUCAAAAGUAGUGCACUACAUAGCAAAUAAGAUGCCGUUUUGGACGCAGCCUCACACCCAUCUCAACACUAUGCACUCGCUCUCUGACUCCUCCUCCAGUACUAUGCUCUCUCUCUGACCCCUCCUCCAGUACUAUGCGCUCUCUCUGACCCCUCCUCCACUACUAUGCUCUCUCUCUCUGACUCUUCCUCCAGUACUAUGCUCUCUCUCUCUGACCCCUCCUCCACUACUAUGCUCUCUCUGACUCUUCCUCCAGUACUAUGCUCUCUCUCUCUGACUCUUCCUCCAGUACUGUGCUCUCUCUCUGACUCCUCCUCCAGUACUACGCUCUCUCUCUGACUCCUCCUCCAGUACUACGCUCUCUCUCUGACUCUUCCUCCAGUACUAUGCUCUCUCUCUCUGACUCUUCCUCCAGUACUAUGCUCUCUCUCUCUGACUCUUCCUCCAGUACUAUGCUCUCUCUCUCUCUCUGACUCUUCCUCCAGUACUAUGCUCUCUCUCUCUCUCUGACUCUUCCUCCAGUACUAUGCUCUCUCUCUCUCUGACUCUUCCUCCAGUACUAUGCUCUCUCUCUCUCUCUGACUCUUCCUCCAGUACUAU